AUGCGACAAUCUAUCGUUUUGAAAGCUCGUGUCUACGACAUGGAGCAAGCAGAGAAUGCAAUCUUCGACCUUACGGAAUCGCUUGGCACAUUUUUCGUGCAAGAAGAUGUCUACUUCAAGGUGCCCAAAGGAAAUCUUAAACUUCGAAUAAUGCAUCCGAAUAGAUGCGGGCAACUGAUCUACAACUCACUUUCCAAGAAGUCUGGCCACAAGUUGAGUGAAUCUCAGGUGACAGAAGUGGAGGAUGUCUAUUCUAUUCGA